UCCAGAGUUCCUCUUACUGAUCCUGAUGAUGGUCCAGAGUUCCUCUUACUGAUGAUGGUCCAGAGUUCCUCUUACUGAUCCUGAUGAUGAUCCAGAGUUCCUCAGCUGCUUCAUGUCUCCAUCAGUUAGUGGACCAGCAGAUCUCAGAGUCCCCCAGUGGUCCGUCUGUCCAGCAGCAUCAGACCCAGCUGGACUCCAUCUUUCAGCUGCUGGAGGACGACAUCGUCAUGUUUGUGAAGGACGAGCUGAAGAAGAUCCAGAGGGGUCUGAGUCCAGAUUACCCAGAAUCCCUAGAGCAUGUGUUGCUUGGUGAGGAUGAAGAGCAGAGGAGCAUCAGAGAUGCGUUUGUGAAGAUCACAGUGAACUUCCUGAGGAGAAUGAAGCAGGAGGAGCUGGCUGAGCGUCUGCAGAGCAGUACUUUUGCUGAAGUUUGUAAAAAGCGGCUGAAGUCUAAGCUGAAGAAGAAGUCCCGGUGUGUGUUUGAGGGGAUCAUUAAAGCAGGAAACCCAACCCUUCUGGAACAGAUCUACACGGAGCUCUACAUCACAGAGGGAGGGACUGGAGAGGUCAACCAUGAACAUGAAGUCAGACAGAUUGAAGCAGCUUCCAGGAAACCAGACAGAGCAGAAACAGCCAUCAGACAGGAAGACAUCUUUAAACUCCAACCUGGAAGAGAUGAACCAAUCAGAAAGGUGAUGACGAAGGGGGUGGCCGGCAUCGGGAAAACAGUCCUGACACAGAAGUUUAGUCUGGACUGGGCUGAAGAGACUUUAAUGACACAUUGGACCUAA